GGAAUGUGGGCGACGCUGUCCCGGCCCUGAGGCGUCUGCGCGGCCCCGCCGGGCUGGAGGCAGCGGCAGCGCGGGGAGGACGGCCCGGCUGCACCGGAGGAGAAUACUGACCUGAGAUGGAAGUCAAAACAUCAUUUAGCAAACCCAGCAGGAUUCCUGAAACCGUAUCCACAUUAAUUAAUGAAGAGUUUGUCUUGGUUCAUCAGAAAUCUGAGGAUGCCUCUGGAAAUGAUGAAAAGCCACAGCUAAAGGUAUUUUCAAAUGGAGAUGAGGAGUUGGAGAAGGCAAUGGAAGAGAUAUUGCGGGAUUCUGAGAAAGACCAGUUUGUCACUGCACUCCCAGAAGGUUUCAGUGAUGCCAGUGGCCAGGCAGCUGUGGAUGGGUCAGCAGGACAAGCAGCUCAGCCAUCUUUGCAGCUUGUUUUAGACCCUUCUACUACAGGUAAAAUCUCUGCACCAAGGCCAUCUUCUCCCAGUGAACCCCCAGAAGAGGACAGUGUGUUGUUUAACAAACUGACUUAUUUGGGUUGCACAAUGGUGUCAGCCCCACGGAAUGAACCAGAAGCUCUACAUGCCAUGGCAAACAUGAAAUCCUCGAGUCAGGCCCCUUUACCUGUAACGCUCUAUGUUCCAAACAUUCCAGAAGGCUCUGUAAGAAUAAUCGAUCAGUUGAGCAAUUUGGAGAUAGCCUCCUUUCCCAUCUAUAAGGUGUUGUUUUGUGUGCGGGGCCAAAAUGGGACUGCAGAGAGUGACUGCUUUGCAUUUACUGAGAGCAGCUGUGGAACAGAAGAGUUCCAGAUCCAUGUUUUCUCUUGUGAGAUUAAAGAGGCUGUCAGCCGAAUUUUGUACAGUUUCUCCACAGCUUUCAAGCGUUCUUCCAAACAAGCAUCUGAUCAUGUGAAGGACUUUGUGCUUCCCACACCAGAUAGUGAUGUGUACACUUUCAGUGUCUCCUUAGAAGUCAAAGAAGAUGAUGGAAAAGGAAAUUUUAGCCCUGUGCCAAAGGAUAGAGAUAAAUUAUACUUCAAGCUAAAACAAGGAAUUGAGAAGAAAGUGGUGAUCACAGUUCAGCAACUUUCAAACAAAGAACUGGCUAUUGAAAGGUGCUUUGGGAUGUUGCUAAGCCCUGGACGAAAUGUGAAGAACAGUGACAUGCAUUUACUAGACAUGGAAUCCAUGGGAAAGAGUUCUGAUGGGAAGGCUUAUGUCAUUACUGGAAUGUGGAACCCUAAUGCACCCAUGUUUCUAGUACUUAAUGAGGAAACUCCAAAAGAUAAGCGUGUGUUCAUGACUGUGGCUGUGGAUAUGGUUGUUACUGAAGUAGUGGAGCCAGUCCGGUUUUUGCUGGAGACUGUUGUGCGUGUGUAUCCUGCCAAUGAACGCUUCUGGUACUUCAGCAGGAAAACCUUCACAGAAACUUUUUAUAUGAAGCUAAAGCAGUCUGAAGGAAAAAGCCACACGAGUGCUGGAGAUGCAAUUUAUGAAGUUGUCAGUCUGCAAAGAGAAUCUGCCAGAGAGGAAGAAUUAGUCACCCCAACAAGUGGAGGAGGGCCUAUGUCAUCCCAGGAGGAUGAGGCAGAAGAAGAGAGUGAUAAUGAACUCUCCAGUGGCACUGGUGAUGUGUCAAAGGAUUGUCCUGAGAAGAUUUUGUAUUCCUGGGGAGAGUUACUGGGGAGAUGGCACAAUAACCUUGUUGUGAGACCGAAUGGAUUGUCCACUCUGGUGAAGAGUGGUGUUCCUGAAGCAUUGAGGGCAGAGAUCUGGCAGUUGCUGGCAGGAUGCCAUGACAACCAGGCAAUGCUGGAUAAAUACAGAUUACUCAUCACAAUGGAUUCUGCUCAAGAGAGUGUCAUCAAACGAGAUAUCCAUCGCACAUAUCCAGCCCAUGAUUAUUUUAAGGACACAGAAGGAGACGGUCAGGAAUCUCUGUACAAAAUCUGUAAGGCCUACUCUGUCUAUGAUGAGGACAUUGGCUACUGCCAGGGACAGUCCUUCCUUGCAGCUGUGCUUCUACUUCAUAUGCCAGAAGAGCAGGCAUUCUGUGUAUUUGUGAAAAUAAUGUAUGACUAUGGCUUGAGGGACCUCUACAGAAAUAACUUUGAAGACCUCCAUUGCAAAUUUUUCCAACUGGAGAAGUUAAUUCAGGAGCAGUUACCAGACUUGCACAGCCAUUUCUCAGACCUCAAUUUGGAAGCUCACAUGUAUGCAUCCCAGUGGUUCCUCACUCUUUUUACUGCCAAGUUUCCACUCUGCAUGGUCUUCCACAUCAUUGACUUACUACUUUGUGAGGGUAUGAACAUAAUCUUCCAUGUGGCUCUGGCACUUUUAAAGACCUCCAAAGAGGACCUUCUACAGGCUGAUUUUGAAGGAGCUUUAAAAUUCUUCAGGGUUCAGUUGCCCAAGAGGUACAGAGCUGAGGAGAACGCUCGGAGACUCAUGGAACAAGCUUGCAAUAUUAAGGUGCCAACAAAAAAGCUGAAGAAAUAUGAGAGAGAGUACCAAACAAUGCGAGAGAGCCAGCUGCAGCAGGAAGAUCCUAUGGACAGAUAUAAGUUUAUAUGUUUGUAGGUAACUCUCCUGCUGUUGCACUUUUACGGGAGAUCUUCAUGAGCCGCAGAAAUAAAGGGUGAUUCAGCUACAGACACAGAAAGGAGAAAAUACACAUUGUUCUAGUGCAAGCUGUAUGCAGUGGCAUCCACAGAGACUUUGGAAGAUGAACUCUUCCUUGGCUGAUACAAUCCUUAUUAUUCAUUCCUGUUUAUACCAAGCUUCAGUAAUUUUUUGUUAAGAUAAUACCUGUUCUGGUGGGACCCAGAGCUCUCCUGGGAUCCUGAGGUACUACUGCAAUAGAAUUAAUAGUGAUGGAUACUCCUCUUUAAAGGAGCAGAUAAAUAAGAUUCAGUUGUUAAUAUGAUAGCUUGAUAGUUCACUGGAAAAGAACAGUUCUUCAAUUUUGGGUCAGCUUUGCUUAUCUUUACAAUGUAUUUCUUUCAUUGUCACGGCUACGUUCUGUUGCUGUAGGUUUUGCGUGCUGGAGCUCUGCCUCUGGGCACAGACUUUACUGAAUGUUCAGGAUCUGCUUAUUCCUCACUCUGUUUUGAACAGUUCAGUUGGCUCUAGGGGAAGCUGACAGGGGUGAAGCACUUUACUGCCCACUGCCCAGGAUAGCUGGGAGCUGACUUUUCUUACAUAUCCUUGUACUGUUUUCCUGCUGUUCUUCAUUGUGCCUUAAUAUGUCAAGUGCUAUGCGGUUGUUAUGGAGUCUGCCAGGAGUGUGGAGUGGUGAAUAAUCAGAGUACAGCAGGCUUGACAUGGCCUGUAAACAUAAAUGCAACAACGUUCAGAAAACCAGUGUGGAAAUCUGUGGUGAGAGAGUGUGCCUUAAUUCAUAAAUGUAACAAAGAAGACUUACAGGUACGAAGUCAAACUGACUCUUUGUUUUUUGGUUUUGUUUUUUUUUAAGAAAAAAGCUUUUGUCUGUGAGAAAAUUAUAUUUUAAGUGUAGGUUUUUUGCUGUCAAAGGGUGGAAAUUUUACUGUUUGUGAGACUUAGGAGUGCUGUAGCUGCUGAGAGCCAAUAGCAAAUAUGACCUAUUUGGAAAAAACCACAACUGACUGCUGAUUAACUUUUAAGUAUUUUUCUAGUGGUUCACUUAUAGUACUGUGGAAUUAAAAUAAUGCUUAGAAAACAAAUAAGGGCUCUUUAAAGCUCAGUGGAAGCAUAUUAACUAGUUAAUCCUGGUCAAUGGACGGUAAAGAACAUUAUCCCAAGCUGCAAAUGAGGAUAUAGGAAAUGACUCUUGGGCCACUAGUGAUGUGAGUCACUGUCACAGUCAAGAUCACAGCCCAGGCUUUUGGCUUGUGCUUCUGAAACUCACUGUGGAUUUUUUUAUUAAGCUGUAUUGGUCUGAUCCUCUUAAGGAUGCUGUGAUUAGAGAGUCCCUGUAAUAGGUUAGUUGCACAUUAACUUCAAAGUCUGGACACAUUUGUUGAUGGGUUGUCAUGGAAAAAUGCUUGUAAAUGUUCUUUGUUCCUUGUCUUGCUUGUUAGAUUUUAUUGAUAUGUGAAGUUGAGGUUGGUAGAAACUGACAUUUCAGGAGUGUUUCCAAAGGGCAGCCAGAAAAUGUCACUUGUGUGGAUCCUCCCAGGCAGCAGGUGGAGAACCAGCCUUGCAUUCUGCUUGUCCUUUAAGAGAGUGCUCUGCAGCCUGCAUGAUCAGAGAUGCAUUUCAUUUGGGCAGGACCCGUGCAGGGCUUUCACCAGCCAGGCUUGGCUUGGAAAAGGACAAAAGCCAGUCUUGCCUACAAGCACAGCUCUGCUCUCAGCUCCUGCUCUGUGGGCUGUGCCCCACAGCCCUACAACCUUGUAAUUUUUUCAGUUUCUCUUCCCAGAGCAGAGGUUUUUGCUGCCUAGGAAGGGGAUGUUUCUUGGGUGGGGUCACUGGAGUAGAGAUCCCUGCAGAAUGUUCCUCAUAUGUUCCUCAAGAAGGAAAAGAGUUUUCAGUGGGUUGAUAGUUUUUAGUUACAGUUUUUAGAGUUUUUGUUACCAGCAGAAAUUUGUCAGGCCCACAUAGACAGCAGCACUUGAGAGCUGCAGGGAUGAAGGAUGUCUGAGUAAGACACCUCCCUGUGACACAGCCCUCAGAGGAAAUGCCUUGAUGGUCUCUUGAGAGAGGGAGAUGGGCUGGUUUUGCAGUGUCUGGCUGAGUAACCAGUCGUGUUUGCCUGACAGCUUAAAUUCAUGUGCUCCCAGGAACUGUGGUAAACACGCAGCAGUUCCUGCCCAGCAUGUCUUUUACAUGUUGUGAUCUGACUUACCAAAAGAACAGUAUUAAAGAGUGCCAUGAUUUUUGGUGUUUGUUUCUAUAUUUACAAGUAUUAUUUAGGAAAAGUGCAGAUUUUUCUGGACAUGUUUUCACUUCAUUUUCCAUUGCUUAUAACAAAUUAUCAGAUUUUUAAAAGGUACAAAAGUGAAAUAUGUUCUAAAUUGUUGUUUGUUACCAAAUUUCAUAACUUUUAGCUAAAGUAAAUUACAAGUUCCCUACAGAAGCCAGGAAGAAAAGUGAGUUGUAUGUGCAGAAAAAAAUAGCAAUAGACUUCAGUUUUAUGUUCUUCUAAAUAUUAUGGAGUUUUCCUUCUGUUUGAGAAUGCCUUAUGUAACAAUAUUUGGGUUGACUUGAUGAGAAAUUUCCAGAAGUGAGCCUGGGAAUUAAUGUAAAAUAAAGAGGAUAUAGAAUUAAUGUAAAAUAAAGAGGAUAUAGUUGUACAAAAAGGGCUGGAGUUUUGCAAGCAGAUGCUGCUGUUCUGUUCCACCUUUUCCUGUGUCGACCCCCCUGUGCAAUGGAGAACUUGUGUGAAUAAAUGUGUAAUGUGGACAUAAUAGCCUUCUCUGUGCUUUGAAGGAGAAGCAAAAAUUAA